GGCAAAUCGGCCUAGAGAGCGGGUGUGUCCGUAUGUGCUACGUCAAUAUACCACAUAAAUGUCAAAUUAAACGUUUUCGUCUAAAAAAUGUGACAUGUGCCUCGCGGUGACGUAAACACAGACCGUAACAUUAGGUCCUUAUAGAUUUUUAGUGUUAAUUUCGACUGUAACGCGUAUUAUUCGCAUUCUUUGUAGCGUAUUUUGCUCUAAGUUUCGUUCGUGAUUGUGGUUUAGUUGCUGACAUUCCAGGUGACUCGGGACCGCUAUAAAUGGGAUUUGUUUUUAAAGCUUGGAUUUGGAUAGUGCUAUGUGAUAAUAUUUGUAAAAAAUAAUGCCGGUUUAAUUCACGAUGGACCGUGUAAGUGGCGUGUGUAGGUUCGGAGGAGUGGUUUCCGCGGUGAGGACUCGAACAGGUCGCAGUAGAAGGCGGGUAACUGGUCCCAGUCAAGCAGCUGAGGAUAUGCCCGAAACGCCACGAAGAGGUCUCGGAGCAAUUUUAGUCCUCGCUUGCAUUCUUGUUUACCACAACUGCCUUUACUGUGGCUUCGUCUUUGACGAUAUCAGUGCCAUAAAAGAAAACAGAGAUUUAAGACCGCAGACUCCGAUCUCGAACAUCUUUCUUAACGACUUCUGGGGAACGCCUAUACAUAAGGAACAAUCACACAAAUCGUACCGUCCAUUAACGGUACUCACUUUCCGAUGGAACUACGCGGUGCAUGGGCUGCAACCAGCUGGUUAUCAUCUCGUGAACUUACUACUCCACGCUCUCGUCUCGUUACUGUACUACAGAGUUUGCGCGAUGUUCCUCCCGGAAUUCGCAAGUUUCGUCGCGGCCAUCUUGUUUGCGGUGCAUCCCAUACACAGCGAGGCGGUGACAGGUGUCGUGGGCAGAGCUGAAAUGCUGUCUUCCUUGUUUUUCCUGGGCGCACUUCUCUGCUACGCGCGGGCAGCAACCAGGAGACGAUAUACAGAUUGGCGCUACGUAGCUGCGUGUACAGCUUGUGUGGGCAUCGCUAUGCUGUGCAAAGAACAAGGCAUCACUAUCACGGCUGUGUGCGUUGUCUAUGAACUAUUUGUUGCACAGAAGCGCCGCGGCAACAAUACUGGAAGAUCAUGGUUCGAAUAUUGGGGGAAGGGGGGUUGGGGAUGUGCGUGUGGGGAAGCGGCACGACGCGUGGCUACGGUAUGCUGUGCAACUCUAGCGCUCCUCGCUGCGAGGCUGCAUGUAAUGGGCGCACAGUUGCCUGUCUUCACAAGAUUUGACAAUCCUGCUGGAGCUGCGUUACCUCCAGCAAGGCAUUUGACUUUCGCCUACCUGCCUGCGCUAAACGCCUGGCUGCUAACGUUACCGGAAGCGCUAUGCUGUGAUUGGACCAUGGGAACCGUUGCUUUACUCCGGUCAUGGCGAGACCCACGAAACUUAGCGACUUUCGCAUUGGCUACGACUCUGAUAGCUGGUGCAAUACACGCUUUGAGGACACGCUGUUCGGCUUUGUCAAUGGGAUUGGCACUGCUAGUAUUGCCAUUUCUACCAGCCUCCAAUCUUUUUUUUCCUGUGGGUUUCGUGGUGGCCGAGCGUGUCCUUUAUAUGCCAUCGAUGGGGUGGUGCUUAUUGGUUGCUCAUGGAUGGCGACUGGUAGCCAAAAAACGUGCAAAACUAGCCGCAGCUGCUCUUAUAUUUCUUCUAAUGGCUUUUAGUGCCAAAACGUAUGUGAGAAACUGGGACUGGAAGACUGAAUAUUCCAUUUUUGCUUCGGGGCUCAAAGUCAAUCGAAACAACGCCAAGCUCUAUAAUAAUGUUGGGCAUGCUUUAGAGGCAGAAGGAAAAUAUGCGGAGGCAUUAGAAUUCUUUAAAACAGCGGUCAAUGUACAACCAGACGAUGUCGGAGCUCACAUUAACGUCGGACGAACUUUUAACCACCUCGGUAGAUAUCAAGAGGCAGAGGACGCUUAUGUUAAAGCAAAAUCUCUACUACCGAAAGCCAAGCCAGGAGAAUCCUACCAAGCAAGAAUAGCUCCAAAUCAUUUAAACGUUUUCCUGAAUUUAGCGAAUUUGAUAUCGAAGAAUGCAACCAGAUUGGAAGAAGCGGAUAUGCUAUACCGACAAGCCAUUAGCAUGCGAGCUGAUUAUACGCAAGCGUAUAUAAAUAGAGGAGAUAUUUUAAUAAAAUUAAAUAGGACGAAGGAGGCGCAGGAAGUAUACGAAAGAGCUUUGCUCUAUGAUAGCGGUAACCCGGACAUUUACUAUAACUUAGGUGUGGUGCUACUGGAGCAAGGUAAAGCCUCCCAAGCUCUCGCUUACUUGGACAAAGCUUUGGAACUUGAACCGGAACACGAGCAGGCGCUCUUGAACUCGGCCAUACUACUGCAAGAGCUAGGAGCAGCAGAUUUGAGACAUCUUGCCAGACAACGACUACUAAAACUACUUGACAAAGAUGCAACAAACGAGCGGGUCCACUUUAACCUCGGCAUGGUGUGUAUGGACGAGGGCGACGCGGAGUGCGCCGAGCGGUGGUUCAGAGCGGCCGUACAUCUCAAGCCCGACUUCAGGUCGGCCCUGUUCAACUUGGCCCUGCUCCUGGCCGACAGGCGAAGGCCGCUAGAAGCGGCACCGUUUCUGAAACAACUAGUCAGGCAUCACCCGGACCACGUGAAGGCAUUAGUACUCCUCGGGGAUAUUUACAUCAACUCCGUUAAAGACCUGGAUGCAGCCGAAAGCUGCUACCGCCGCAUCCUCGAGCUGGAGCCGGACAACGUGCAGGCGCUGCACAACCUGUGCGUGGUGGCGGUGGAGCGCGGCAAGCUGGGCGUGGCCGAGGAGUGCCUGGCGCGCGCCGCCGCGCUGGCGCCGCACGAGCACUACAUCCAGCGGCACCUCGCCGUCGUGCGCGCGCGCCGCGCCGCAGCCGCGCCCGCGCCGCGCGCCGCCUCGCCCGCCUCGCCCGCCUCGCCCGCCUCGCCCGCCUCCCCCGCCUCCCCCGCCGCCGGCGCGGAGGUGCGCGCGCGCUGGAACUACAUCCCGCAGCAGCCGCCCGACCCGCACGAGGCCGACCCCUCGUAGCGGAGCCCCGACGACUGAGCUGUGUAAAUACGUUAGGACACUGACACCAAAAUCGGUCAUUACGUUGUAUUAUUUGCUAAAGAUCAGGGUAUUCGAUUUCGUUCGUGUCGAUGCGAAACGCGCUUUCUUCGGAGAUAUGUUUCGGAUUUAUCGUUUGAGUUAGAGCAGGAGGAGAAUGUCCGGACUAGGUUUUUAGUGUGAUCUCGUAGAACGGCUUAAUUUGCUUAAUUUUCGUGAUAUUAGUUAACGACAUUUAAUCUUAUUAUGUAUAUUUGUAUAAUGUGUAGGACAUGUUGGAACGAGCUUUCGUCAGGUAUACUGCGCUAAUGCGACUGCGGUGCGGUGACGGUGCGGUGACGGUGCGGUGACGGUGCGGUGACGGUGCCGCGAUACACAUACUGAUUGAAACGAACCACGUCGCGCCGGUCGCAGUCGUCUAGUCGCAGUGGCACAGUAUAUUGUUUUUCGUCAUUAGCCUGGUAUACGGAUACUCUUUGUGUGUAAUAAAAGUCAACUAGAAUUAUAGAAAAGACUUAACUGUUUAAUGUAUUAGUUACAUUUUGUAACAGUAAAAUUACUUUCAACGUACUGCAGCAGUCGAUUGUUUUUAUUUUUUUUUUAAUAUAAUAGUUAAACUUCGUAUUCAAUGUUAUGAUAAACUAAUCCCAAGCUUUAUUUUAGGCGUUGGGAUAAGAUUAGAUAAUCUCCCACAUAAUCAAUAGAAAAAAACAAUAAAUUUCUUACAUAAGAUCUUUAUAGUAAUUUCCAAGUAAUGCAUGGUCAACUAAAAUUUGGUAAUGUUCCAUAAUAAAAAAAUGAAAAUUGAAAUGCUAUUUUCCCUUAAAUUCAUUGCCGAGAACAAUGAUCAAUACAGCGAAGUGCCUGCAAAUAGAAUGCGCGCGCAUCCUACUUUUAAUUUCAAAUUAUGGAGUGUUAAAAUUCUUUUUUCAAAUAUUUUUAAAAUUGUUUUAAUUAUAUGUUUUUUUAAGAAGUUGAUAUUUCUCUACCCAUAGAUAUUUCAAUAAAACUCGGGUUACAUUGUUUUAUGUUAACGAUUUUAAGAGGGAUAAUAUUUUUUUUAUUUACUUUACAACAUAAAGGUAAAUAAAUUAUAUAUUGAUCUUAAUUCAGCCCUUUUAGAUAGAAGUGUUGUGUAACGACACUGCUAUGACUUAGUCUUAUAACAAUAGAUACCCGGGUUUUGCUAUUUAAUAAAAAAAUCCACUGACUUAGAACAGUUAUUUUCAUAAACGCCAAUAUAUUUAUUAUGUAAAAAUUAAAGUGAUCGACCGUUAUUAGAAUAAUUAAUUACGUAGAUGUGAAAAUGUAACGUUGUUAAUGUUUUAAGAUAAAAAGUAACUUUUGUAAAAACUGAAUUUUUUACAAUGUCUUGAAACAUUUCUGAUGGGAUCUCCCGUAAGAGUAAAAAUUCAUAAGGACCCCGAAUAUUAUAAACUAU